AUGUUCGACGAUCCCGAAAAGAGGCUCAUCGUCCAGCGAAUUAACCUCGUUGAUGCAAUCUAUUCCCGCUGCACCGCGCUCGCUGCGGACGCUAGGAUCUUACGACUCGCUUCCCUCGCGUCGCGUAUCGUAGCCUCCGGCCACAUCAAGCAUGACGAAGACGGCACUCGCGUCAGAGUGGCAGUACCAGCAGUGAUUGAAUUUGGAGAAAACCGUCGCGCCGCACUGAACCGUGGCAACAAGCGCUGGCUAGUGAGCAAAAGAGGUCAGUACACAUCCCCUUAUGUCAGCGAUAAGGAGCAAGAACCUCGGCUUCUUUUGCGAGAACGACAGAAGUCUCGUUUUAUGGCUGGAGUCGAGAAGGCGAACAAGUAUGCCGACGAGUUUGGCCACGACUUCAUCUACGAACCUGCCAGUCUAAAUGAGGUUGAGCAACAGCUUGAACGUGGCCGUACCACGAAGCGUACGCAUCCCGGCGCGUUCCAUCGGGGGAAAGUGAUCGAUGCAUUGACCAUGCUGCGCAAUUCCUAUCCGGUCGAGUACGACGCUGCGCUCUUGGAAGACCAAGUGACCGAACGAAAGAGGGUCAACAAGAAGGUCAAAGCCGCCAAGGUAAGAACGCCGAUGCCGUCGCCGACCACACCUCCCCAGAGUUCGCCCCCAAAGCGCUUGUCCAUCCAUUCAAAUGCCAGCGAUGCAUCUUUCGCAUCAUUUGUUUCCGCAGACACAUUCAGUGUCGGCGCGAGACGCGUCAGGAGGAAAGCCAGCAAGGUCGCUUCCGCUGUGCGGAAAGUCGCCUCGAAGGUCCCCGGCUUGCGAUGCCUCAAACGCACGAAGGACCUCCCACAGGGAUUUGCCUUUGCUAAAUCCGGCGAUGAUCUUUCGACGAAUAGCCAGACUGAGCGACACGUCAACGCCUCCCAUGAGAAGUUGGACGAAGCGAGUCAGUGGAUGGGUGGGCUUGAGGCCGAGGCGGAGAGCACACAAGAAGCGCCCUCCGUGGCUGAACUUGCUGCACGGUCGAUCUUGCAUGGCCAUGAUGCACUUCCGUACCCAAGAAGAGGGUUUACCAUCGACGCAGGAGUUGUUCUACCCGUGAAGCCGACGCCUGCCCCUGUCCUUCUGGUGGAUCCAGGCAGCGACCACGAUCUAUCAAUUCAGUUUUAG